AUGGCCGCCGUAGGAAACCUCGACCGCACUCUGGAAUCCAUUGCCAAGGACCGCAAGCCAGCUCGGAACAACAAGCCACGACGUGCAGUCCCUGCGCGCACCGCGAAGGCCACAGUCGCUAUCGGCAAAGGCCCCUCUAACGGUAUUCAAAAAGCCAAGGCCGGUAAGCCGACGAAGGUCGUAGCUGCACCAGCCAAGCGUGGUGGUGAGAGCAAGAUUCAGGUAUCAGGCCUGCCCGAAGAUGUCAGCGAUGCGAUGCUCAAGGAUUAUUUCGGCACAGCUGUGGGACCUGUGAAGUCCGUCCUUGUCAACUACGGACCCAAUGGACGUAGCCGCGGCUCAGCCACAAUCAUUUUCUCUAACCCCAGCUCGGCGGCGCGAGCCCUGGAGUUGGACGGCGUUCGCGUCGACAACCGCACAUUGAGGGUCGAGGUUUUGACAAGCUCUGCCGACCUCCUCACACAAGUUCCCGUCAAGACUCUAUCGGAUCGCAUCUCCAAACCGAAGGGUGCUGCCGUCAAGGAGAAGACCAAGCCUGCAGCCGCAGCCGGCAAGCCAGGCGCUGCCAAGGGCAAGGUCGCUGGCAAGACCGAAGGCAAGGGAGGCAAGAAGUCCGGUCGUGCCGGGCGUCCAAAGGCCAAGACCGUUGAUGAGCUCGACGCUGAAAUGGCCGAUUACUUCGGCGGUCCAACCAAUGGUGCUGCCAGCGCCGCUGCACAGCCGGCCGCUGCUCCUGCCGCUGCCGCAGACACUGCCAUGGUCGAUGAGGUUCUCUAA